CACCCUGCUGGUGCCCACUCUACCUUGUUGGUUUGAAAAAAUUUAUGAUUAUGUUACUUCUUUUGUGUUGCUCACACAGUGGUCAUGUACAACACAAUCUGUGUUGACCUGAACCAGAAGAUCAGAAGAAAGGUGCACAGAAUUUCUCCUUUAUUAUCCAACCAUAACACACUACCACUGGACUCUACAGCAAAUAAAAGCUCCUUGUCUACAGGCAUCAGCAUGGCCCAGUCUGAGAAAGCUGAAGAGAUUUUAGAGAAGCCCCACCUGACGGAGGAGCAGGCAGGGCAGCUUGUGGAGACACUCUAUGGGCUCAAGGUGACGUCUCUGAAGCCGCUCGACAGCUACGACGACUUGAACUUCUAUGUGAAAGUUGAUGGCCCCGCCGCAUGGGCUCGUGGGUACACACUGAAGGUUAUGAAUGGCACCGACUCCAAAAAUGGGGGUGAGUUUCCCAAGCUGGUCUUCUACAACAUCUGUUUGCCUUUAAUAUUUCUUGAUUGUUUCCACCAGGAUUUUUCUCACCCAGCCUUGCACAGACCAGAGUUUGUAUGGAGCCUGAAAUGUCUGCCCAGCCUUGAGAACUACCUACACUGUCUGAAGGAGGAACGUCACAAGGACAUAAACAGGGAAAUCAUUCUAGCCUUCAGAGAAAAAGUGUUAUCCCGUAUGGAUGACCUUCCACACGGAGUGAUGCAUGGAGAUUUCAAUGACCUGAAUGUCCUGGUGGAAGAGGACCCUGUCACCCCCAGUGAGUACAGGGUCUGUGGGCUGCUGGACUACGGUGAUGCCAUCGUGAACCCCUAUGUGUUUGACCUUGCCAUCGCGCUGAUGUACUUCAUGUCAGUAGUAAAGGAUCCGAUCACAUUUGGAGGACAUCUUGUAGCAGGAUUUGAAAGUGUUCGCCCCCUGACGCCUGCAGAGUGGGAUGUCCUGUACUACUGUGUUGUUGCCAGGGCCUCGCAGUCCUACGUUUUGGGGCACUACACCGCCAGUAUCCAUCCUCAGAAUACAGAAUACCUCAUGGUCACAGCAGGAAGUGUCUGGAAGUUCAUAGACAUGUGGUGGCAAACCCCAAAGGAGGAGAUCUACAAACAGUGUAGAGAUAUUCAGAAAUCUGUCGGGACCCAGUCAGACUAGACACACAUUUUCCCUUCCCUUAGAUGUCAAACUGUCGAUUGUUGGUG